AGAAUCGACGUAAUUGGCACGUGAAUGGUAGAUGAGCGUGUUGCUUUAAUUAUUUGUGACAUUCUUUUUCCUGCUCUAUUUUCUUUACCUUGCAAUGCGUUAAUUUCUCCAAGCUGUCACUGUAUUGAAGCAAUAAAAGCAGCAGUGAAACAUAUAUGAACAUUGAUUAAAAAUACUUAAACCACCAAAUUUGUUUUAUGGCAACUUUAUAAAGCGGAAAUGUAUCCAUUAAAGCAAUACCUGGGUAUGAAAGAAAGCAACAGAGAAAGCAAUGUCUUGUCAAGAGGUCGAUAAAACCCCUCUCUCUGGAAAAAUUCUUCACCAUUCUUUGCAACGGCAGCUACACCCCGAGUCAUGUAUGAUGUUUGUCCCAGCCAAGGUUUCCUUACAUCGGCCUCAUCUGCUCAUGCCAACAUUUACACUGAGAAGAUGUCACAUACAACUUUUAUGUGUCAUCCUCUUAGUGACAAUUGUGCUUGUAGUGUGGACUGUAUCCAACCUAAGAAACACAUUUGUCAGCUUCCAUGCUGAGAGUGAUACUGAUGGUGAGCUGGUUGUGCUUCCUGAAGACUUUGCCAAGGAGCGAGAUGCUUUCUGCUUAGAUGGAUCACCUGCAGGCUAUUAUAUUCGAAAUGGUAGAGGGUCUUCUCUGAAUUUCUGGAUACUCCAUCUUCAAGGUGGAACUUGGUGUUCAACUGAAAGUGAAUGUUACAAGAGAAGCUUCACUGAGGUUGGUUCAAGCCUUAAAGCACCAGUUUCUGCUAGAUUUGAAGGUUUUAUGUCAAGUGAUGAUUUGGUGAACCCUGAUUUUCAUGACUGGAAUAUGGUCUGCUUCCUUUACUGUGAUGGUGGCUCUUUCUUAGGAAAUCGUUCACAGCCAAUUGUGUACAACUCUAGGAAUAUUUAUCUGAGAGGUGCAUCUAUAUUUGAUGCUAUUAUUGACUUCCUGCUUAUUGAAACUAACUUAGGAUCUGCUAAGAAAGUUAUCUUGAGUGGUUCAUCAGCUGGAGGUUUAGCUGCUCUUAUCCAUGCAGAUCAUUUACAUCAAAGGCUUCAAAAAAUUCCUUCUUUCCAUGCGGUUCUUGAUGCCAUGUUAUUUCUUAACUUAACUAGCCGCAAUGGCCAGAAGAAAAUGAUGAAUAUUUUGGAAAAUACAUUCCAUCUUCAUAACAUUAAAGAUUCUGUGUCUCUGAAAGAUUGCUCACAAUCAGUUCCAGAUGAGAUUAAAUGGCAGUGUUUUUCUCCUGUAUAUUUUUACCGCCACGUGUUCACACCAGCGUUCUUCCUCAACUCUGUCCAUGAUCGAUGGUACCUCAAUCAAGCAUUGGACAUUACUUGUGAUUUUAAGAAAUGUUCUUCAAGUGAUAUCAAGUAUAUAUCUGAUAUUAAAUCAAGUCUUUUAGACAUUGUAAGAGAGAUAUUUACCUCUCACAAAGAUGGGCGCUAUUUGACUGCUUGCCCUGUACAUAGUGUUCUAGUCAACAGAUUUUACUCCCAACCUCUUGCAGGACAUAUAUCACCACAGAAAGCUAUAGGAGAUUGGUAUUUUGGGAGAAUAUCUUCAACUACAAAAAUUAUUCCAAGAGAAGAUAUCCGUGAAGCAAUAUCUGUCUGUUACAAGUAUUUCAACGAAGAAGAAAACACUUUGAUGUAAUAAAAUGCUUGUUGCGUUCUGUUUUUAAAAAACUAAUUUAAUAAACUGGACUGUUACAUGUUCCUGCAAAAAAAAAAAAAAUGGGGGCCAAAAUAGUAUUUAUGGGUAUCAAACUCUGCCAAUAUUAAAAAAAGAACUAAUCAUAAAAUGAUAAUAUAAAAUCAAAUUUUUAAAAAAAGAUGGCAGAAAAGUGUCAUUAAAACACUCCAUAUCAUGAGAAAAUUGUGACUCCAAAUUUUUCUGUGUGAAUGUUGAACUGGGUAUAUAUAUAUUUAUAAAGAGUGAAGUAAAAAAGAAGUGUACACCGUU